AUGGGUAUAUGUGGAGAAAAGCCCCACGCACUACUUGUGCCUUUUGCUGCUCAAGGCCACAUAAAUCCCAUGAUGCAGCUGGCCAUGAAUCUUGUUUCCGAUGGCUUUCUUGUUACAUUUGUGAAUAACGAGUACAAUCAGUCCCGCAUGUUGGAGUCAAAGAAGACGGCAAAACUGGGACAUGCAAAUGAAGUGGAGAAUAAUCUUAGAAUGGUAUGUAUACCGGAUGGUCUUCCACCGGAUUCAAAUCGGGCAGACCUUUCAAAAUUAUUCAGCUCACUGAGAGACACGCUUGUUUCUUCACUGCACAAACUUAUUCAAGACAUCAACGAAACGGAAGCACAUAUUGUCACUUGCAUGAUUGUCGACGUCAGCCUUUUUUACGCUCUGGAUGUGGCGAAACAAUACAAUAUUUCGUCUGCUAUUUUGGCCCCGAUUUCUGUUGCUUGUAAUGCCAUAUGCAGUAGCGCUUCAAGCCUAGUCUCUUCUGGGAUUGUAUCUUGCACUGGACAUCCGAAGGUGAAUGAUAUGAUCAAAUCUUUUCCCUCGAUGGCCCCUUUGCAUUCUACACUAUUUCCAUGGAUGUUUGGGAGCGAAGCCGAAAAGGAGAAACAGUUUGAGUCUCUCAUGGAUUUGGAAAAGGCUUUAGAGGCGGAUUGGAUUCUGUUCAACUCCUUCAACCUUCUGGAAGAAUCGGCAAUCAAAGAAUACCCUCAAAAAGGUGUCGUGGUAUGCCCAAUAGGUCCUCUGAUUUCAUUAAACAUUCUCGAGGGAAAAUCAAGAGGCCCACAUAAGGCUGCCUUGUGGGCAGAGGACGUGGAGUGCUUGGACUGGCUGGACAGACAGGCUCCCCAGUCUGUCAUCUAUGCUGCCUUUGGAAGCUUGACAUUACUCAACGAAAAACAACUACAAGAGCUGGCUUCAGGAUUGGAGGCAACCGGCAGACCAUUUCUGUGGGUUGUUCGGUUUGAUUUGAUGGAUGGAACGACCGGUGCAUUACCUUCAGGAUUCGUUGAACGCGUGGGAGAUCGUGGGUGUUUUGUUUCAUGGGCUCCUCAACUGUCGGUUUUAUCUCACGCUGCCAUUGCUUGUUUUGUUACACACUGUGGAUGGAAUUCUACAUUGGAGAGUAUUAGCAUGGGUGUGCCGAUGCUCAGCUGGCCAUACUUUGCCGACCAGUUCAUCAACUGUUCUUAUAUUGUCAAUGAAUGGAAAAUUGGGUUCCAACUCACUGGAAACACAGAAGGAAUAAUAGAGAAGAGGGAGAUUCAAGAUGCUGUGGAGAGGCUGCUAGUUGGAGAAGAAGGGUGUGAGAUAAAGAACAGAGUUUCACUGCUCAAGGAUGGCGCACGGGCUGCUGUGAGGGAAGGUGGAUCAUCAUAUGUUAACUAUAAGUUGUUUAUCCAGACGAUGAAAAGUAAUGUGAAACGACCGCAGUCUCUCCAGGCUAGAGGAGGAACACCUUGA